UCUUCAGAAUCAUUUUGCACUGAUAUAAAUGGAAACAAUAUCAAAAAUGGAGCUUCUUUUGUGCCAGAGCCAAAGCAGGACAAUUUUUGUCUGCAUUGCACCUGUAGUUUUGGCCAGGCCAAAGAUUGUAUUAAAGCAGAAUGUGCGAUUCCAACAUGCAAGAAUUACAAACCUGUUCCUGGGAAAUGCUGUUCCUAUACAUGUCCUUCAGGUAAAGAGAAAUACUAAAUGUAGAGAUCAAACUAUACUGUAUCCAGGGUCACUUUUUUGAAAUGCAUCAGUUAACUAUUUUCCUGUAAUCCAAUUGGUCAACUUUUUCUAGGUGACCCUUGUUACAGUAGUGGUACUAUUAAACUUAGAUUGAGUCGAUUUUUAUUUUUGCUUGCACAAACCUUGUGAUUCUGACGCUAGGGACAUCUCAUACAUCAUCAUCCUAUUAUUUUUUAAAUAUGCUGUGGGACAAAAUUGUGGCUUGUUCCACUCACUUGAGAGCUUCUUUUUUGUGGUGAAAGUUGUGAGGACAGCUUCUGUCCAGUCUAUGCUGUAUGUUACAUUGUGCUUGGAAUCUUUAAUAAUCUUCCUAAUUUAUAAGUCACAAUUCGUAAUCGUAAGACAACCUUUAAUUAAAUGAUAAAAAAUAGGGCAACUGAAAAUAUGUCAUGACAUCCUUGUUAAUUUGAGUUGUGAAGUGCAUUCGAAAAUUUCUACUUUUCUUUUUGAACAGGUGCAAAUUCAGAGGCCGCUGAGUUAGCGAUUAUCAUCAGUUUAUCCGUGGGACUCUUACUACUGCUUAUCCUCCUCAUAGUUGUCAUUGAUAGAAAUCGGAAGAAAAAUCAAAGAAAUCAGACAAGAAAUGAAGUGCUGGAACAGUCACAAAACUUAAGGCCAAGUAAGUGUGGUACUAGUCAAUAUUCUGAAAGGUGCAAAGAAAGUCAGUUUUACAUCUUGCCUUUCAGUCAAGUUGAAGCUAGCAUGUACCGGCCCAAAAAUAAUGUCAACUAACUCCAAAAAAAAACUUUUGAUGAACAGAAUUGAUUACAGUUCUUCCGUAAUUUCAAUUCCCAAAAAACGUCACUUGCUCGUUGAUUAGCCGAUAGCAAAAUCCAUCAGCCGCUGGCCAUUGGACACUGCUUUCUUUGCACGCUGUUUGCAGUUUAAGACAAGGCACAGUACCAGGUUAAAUGAAGAUCUGUUGCUGUGUAAUAGAAGUGGGGUAUGACACCUCAGAGUAAGCAGAGAAAAAAUAAUGCUCAGGGUGCAAAGGAAGUCAUUUUUACAGCUUGCCAUUUGUGCAAGCUGAAGCUAACAUUUACUAGCCCAAACAUCAUUUCAACUAGCCCCAAAAACGUUUUGAUGAGCACAUUGUUUUUCACAGUUCUUCUGUAAUUUGAAUUCCUCAAAAAACUUCAUUUGCCUGUCGAGCAAGUUAAUAACAGAAUUCACUAUCCCGAUAGCAAAAUCCACUGGCCCCCAGGCUAUCAGACACUACUUUCUUUGCACACUGGUGCUUUAUUGCAUCUUCUUGGCAGUUAACAUGCACACAGCACUGCAUCAUGUUUUGAAUUGUUCUUAAUUUUUAGAUCUCGUCUAUUACUAACCACACUUGUUUCAAUUCACUCUUGAAAUGUUUUUGUUUUAGUGCAGAAAAAAACAAAAUCAAAUUUAAUAUGGGAACAUAUGGGUUGGCUGUUGGGGGUUGGUUUAGUUGUGUUACUUUUGAGGUCAUCAAACCUUCAAAUCCCAGCUCUGUAUGUCAACAUAUAAUUACAAACAUCCCACAAAUUUUCAUUUGCUUGUACAUAACAAGUUGAGAUGGAAGACAAUGUAUUAUUUACAUGAACUGUAAUUUGUCUUUUCACCCAACCUGAAAAUAACCUUUUCACAAAAUCUCUUUACCUACAGGACCUCUUAAUAACAGACUUGCUGGUAUCAUAGAAGAGAAUAAUGAAAGAAUUGAGCCUCCUCCACCCUAUACCCCUGGGAGAGGGAGAUACAGUUUUAGAAAACCCCAGUAUGCAGCUCCUCCAUUCACACCAAAUGAGCCGCCACCACCGUAUGAAAUAAACUGCAGACAUGCUACAGAUGUAUAGCAGAGACUGAGUAAUAACUACCUCAGUCUGUUAUUGUGGGUGUGGCAUGCCAGCGCUAGUCCACCUUUACUCCAUGGAAGGUCACUGCGGUGUGAGAAGAGAACUGAACAUACUCUGGUCUGGCUCUGGUCGUCAAAACCUUUCCAAAGGAUGAAGUUGAGUUCAUUGUUUACACUCGAAAGUCAUUAAUGUGAUGUUACGUUUUGUCACGUUCAGUUCUGUUUGAGCUGAGGGAUCAAGAAAACACUAGAGUUGAAGACGUAAAGAGAAGAUACAUGUAUGAAAAAGAGACUGGUAGAAGUUCGGCUGGUUCCUGGGGAUUUAAACGGAAGUACAAAACAAUGAAGCCUGCAACACAGGACUUUCAGCAGUGAAUGGCAGGGAUGAAUAUGACCUGUAGGUUUACGGUCGACUCAUUACCAGAAGAUCUAGCCACCAACCAACUCGCCACCAACUGUGUAGUCUAUACUGGGAGCAAGUCAAGUACCCCGGAUGUAACAAUUCAAUGGUCGAUAGGUGUUACCGUCUGAGAUCUCCUCGUAUCCUAGAUGAAAAGACUGUGUCCUGGUGACGAGUCUACUUCUUGGUGGCUAUUUGAUAGGUGGCGAGGUGACCGGAUACCGACUCUGAGGUUGCCAUUCCUCUUCAAAAACUUCUGUCCAAUAAAAAGAGCUGAUCUGUCCUUUGCCAAGGGCAUGAUCUUCAAGAAAAAGGUUUACAGCUGAUUAUGUGGAAGUUAACUGAACAUUGAGUGUUGGAUCAUUUGUCAAGGCCUGAACUCUUGUACAAUAAUCAAGAAAUGUCUUUCUAAGAAAGAAACAAGAACCUAUGGAGGAUAAUGAUGAAACAGUCCUCAAGAAAUUUGUAGAUAUGUAAUUCUUUUUAUAUUACUGUUUUGUUUCGUUACAUUUGAAACAGCCAGGGAGUUGUAUAUGUUAGGAUCCUACAUGUUUUAUUUCAAACAGUUUACUAUGUGACUUGCUUGCUGCCUUAAGGUUAAAACUCCUCGAUAUCCUCUCCCCCCCCCCUCUUAUCAGUUAUCCUCGCAGGUAUUUAAAGUGGCAACAUGAGAAAGUAAAAAUAAUUGCUUACUAGACUAGAGAUGCAUGUAGCCUUAAUUGCUGGUUUGCAGCCAACGUCACGACAGCCAUGCUGGUGGACAGGAACAAAAAGUGUCCCCCCGCCUCCUUGGCUACACUGGAACUAAACUCUUUUUCGUUCAUAUCUCCCGAAAAAGGUUGUUGUUUUGUACACCACCAUGGCCGUCAUGUGUGUUGGUUGCCUCCGCACAAGGGACUAUUUAAGGCGCAAAUAGGAAAAAUUGUUUGUGGUCCUAUCCUUUACUUUUUGAGUGAAUGUUAAUGGUUCUCGUCACUUUUAUGUUAUUUUUGGGCCACACUAAGAAUUCUGUAAAUAAUUGUAUCUUGGAUAAUUUUUUUUACCGAUGAGAAUUAGAUGUCCUCGUUAGGAAGCGAAUGGCUGUGGCCAAGUGGCUCGUAUUUAAACUUACUUUAGUAGGUA